AUGCGUUGGACCCCUUUCGUAUUAGUCUGGCUGUCUUUGCUACCUGUGGAGGCAGUGAAGUCCUUCCUGUUCAAAAAGUGCAGCGAGUCGGGAUUCUGUUCCAGAAACAGACAUUUCGCUAGUGAGGUCGAGAAACUGGGAGCGGAGUACGAUUCAAGAUACUCCAUUGAUCUGGAGUCACUCGAAAUUGAUCCCUCUGCCGGAUACUUGCAUGCUACACUGCUUAAGAUGCUCAAUGAUGGGUCCUUCGUGUCGCUGGAUAUGAACAUGAGCGUGCUGGAAGACGACAAUCUGCGUUUACAGAUCGACGAGGCGGAGAGAAAACCAGUUGUCGACCAUGUGACCCGCCAGCGGUUCAACGAAACGGCUAAAUGGGCGCUGGCCGAGCAACCUCGUCUGCAGUCAUUUAUGCAUUCGGUGGACUCUGACAGAAUCACUCUUCAAUUCCACGAAUAUCGUGUCGAUAUUGAGCUCCAUCCGUUCAAGCUCACAUUCGUGCGUGACGGAAAAGCUCAAUUGGUCCUCAAUGACCGGAACUUCAUGAAUAUCGAACACUACAGAACAAGAGAGCAGGAAGACGCAGAAAACUCCAUCCAUGUUGCUCCUGAGGAGUCUACUUUCGAUGCCUACACAGACAGUUUCAAAGACUCCAGAGACGACAAGCUGCCGUUUGGCCCAGAAGCUGUGGCGGUGGAUGUCUCUUUUGUCGGCGCCAAAGCUGUCUACGGUAUUCCUGAGCAUGCUGACUCUUUUGCUCUGAAAGACACGACAGACACAGAGCCUUACAGACUGUACAAUGUGGAUAUUUUCGAGUACGAAACACAGAGCAAAUACCCAAUGUAUGGCUCGAUUCCAUUUAUGAUUGGACUUGGCGAGACCGGAAGCACUGGAGUGUUCUGGCUCAACAGCGCAGACACCAACAUUGACAUCAGGAAAUCGGAGAGCCAGGUCCAGACCCACUGGAUCUCGGAAAGCGGAAUUUUGGAUAUUGUCCUCUUCGCCAAAAAGACCCCAACCCAGGUUGUGCAGUCUUACAGCAAGCUCACGGGCCACUCAGCGCUACCAAACAUCUUCUCUCUUGGAUACCACCAGUGUCGGUGGAACUAUAAUGACGAGGAGGAUGUUCUGGACAUCAGCGCCAAAUUCGACGAGUCUCUGAUUCCGUUUGAUGCUAUCUGGCUGGAUAUCGAGUAUACCGACGACAAGAAAUAUUUCACGUGGAAAAAAGAGCUUUUCCCAGAUCCUGAGCGCAUGAUGGACAAACUGGGCGAGACGGGACGAACCUUGAUUGUGAUCAUCGAUCCCCAUCUCAAAGUUGGCUACGAUGUUAGCGACACGGUUGCUGAGAAGAAACUAGGUAUCCGCAAAAACGACGGCUCGGAUCUGUACCACGGACACUCGUGGCCAGGCGAGUCUGUGUGGAUCGACGGCAUGAACCCGGCUGCACAGCCGUUUUGGGAUAGCUUAUUUGCCAACGGGUCACGUCUGCUAGGGUCUGCUACCAACGCUCAUCUUUGGAACGACAUGAACGAACCGUCAAUUUUCAACGGCCCAGAAACCACUGCUCCUCGGGACCUGAUUCACUAUGGCGACUGGGAGCAUCGCUCGGUCCACAACCUGUGGGGCCUCACUUUCCACCAGAUGACAUACAAUGCUCUAAUAAAGCGGAACCCUAAUCAGCGGCCGUUCAUUUUGACUAGAUCAUUCUACGCGGGCUCCCAGCGCACGGCUGCCAUGUGGACAGGAGACAAUAUGGCCAAAUGGGAAUAUAUGCGCGAGAGCAUUCCAAUGGUGCUCACCAUGAACGCUGUGGGCUUUCCAUUUGCAGGGGCAGACAUUGCAGGAUUUUUUGGCAACCCCGAUAAAGAAAUGCAAGUCAGAUGGUAUCAAACAGGCAUCUGGUAUCCAUUUUUCCGUGCUCACGCUCACAUUGACUCGCGUAGACGGGAGCCAUGGGUUGCCGGCGAGCCCUAUACGGGUAUGAUGCGAGAAGCGAUCAGAUUAAGAUACAGACUGCUGCCAUUGUUCUAUACACAAUUCUACAAGCACUCCGUUUCUGGAACUCCCGUGGUGAGUUCUCUCGCAUUCGACAGCCCUGAGAAUCCUGACGUGUAUAUCAUCGACGACCAGUUCUUUGUGGGGCCACUGCUGGUGAAACCUGUCACCAGCCCAAACACACACACCGUCAGACUGUACCUGCCGGACGACAAGCCAUACUACGAUUUUGAGUCGUUUGAGAAAAUCAGCGGCAAGGGCUAUCACGAGGUGGAAGCUCCGCUGGACAAGGUGCCUGUGUUCCUUCGCGGCGGCUCGAUCAUGCCUUCCAAGGAACGGUACAGACGCUCGUCCAGACUGAUGAAAAACGAUCCAUACACGUUGUAUAUUGCUGCAGACGAGGGCAGAGCCACCGGCGAGCUAUAUAUUGACGAUGGCGAGACGUUUGCGUAUCAAGAGGGAGAAAAGGUAUUCGCCAGGUAUGAGCUGGACGGAGCCAAGAUCACAUCCACCGUUGAGAGCACCUACGACACGGACGUGAGGAUCGAGCGAAUCGUUCUUCUAGGCGGUUCUCAAGCCACGGCAGCCACCGUCGAACAGAACGGACAAAAAUGGACAGCUGAGGUUGUCGACCAGGGAACUCACGCAGUGGUGAGGAACCCUAGACCUCUCGUUGCAAAAAAUUGGACCAUUUCUCUGAACUAG